GCGCACGGCCGAUAUCGGAGACCAUCUCCCAAGCGGGAGAUCGUCUCUGGUUUGGGAGACUUGCGGGGUCUCCAAUUUCAGCAACUAUAUCCCGUAUCGGAGACUGAAUUUCUUUAUUUACAUUUGCGGUCUCAGGGGUACAUUGGCGGCGAUUGAAAGUGUGAUUAUCGGAUUCCUCGUGUCAAAAUACCCCUUUUCACCGUCUACUUCAAAAAUCCACCGUCUAACUGUUACGUAAUCGCGAUUUGUUUGCCGAGUUUCGAUCCAGGCCAGCUCGGCACGUUUACACCCACACAAUCUAAUGGGAAAUCUAUACACAUUCAUCUACAAUGAAGUUAUGUCGACACGAACACACAUAACCAAUACAUUUAAUAAUACAUCAACACACAUGAGCGGCACGUUCACACCAACACACUUUCUUCUUUUACCCUUGCCUUAACUUUCCACAUGCACAGCGCUCAUCACAUGCACAUUCACGAAAAAAGUCGAGUAAAAAAUGGAAAAUCAACCUUUACCGUCGGCCUUACGGGCGGGAAUAAUGGCCGGAAUGUUGAUGGACGAUACAUUGAACUUGGGUAAUGAUGAUCAGUCAACUGGACAAAGCAAUGAAGAGGGAGUGAACAUGAUGGAAGACACGGUAGGGGAUGUGAACAUGGAUAUCUCUGACGGAGAUACCAGUGACAAUGUUAUAGAAGAAACAGAUCAAGAGUCCGAGGCUGAAGAAACAAAUGGAGAUGGUGGUGACAAUAAUGAAAUGCCAGUGGAGACCGGACAGGAAGAUGAGGGAUCAAAUGAUCAAAGUGGAAAGGGAGAUGCCAUACGACGAAUUCAAGGAAUUGGAAAGGUGUUAGAAGGUCGAUGCUUCCAGACAAAACGACAAAGAACCCAAAGCUUUUCUAAAAGGAGAAAGACGAUCAUCAACAGUGGAAUCAUGCUUCACAUCCAAACAAAUGCUAAUGUGAGCAUUGUCUUGGAGUCAGAAUCUGGGAGAAGACACGUCUUUGAAACUAAUCCCAAACAGAGGCAGCAACGAUCUUUUGCCGUGCAGGUUGGGGAGUCCUCUGUACCACGACAUCCACCAAGGCUCCGCUCUAAGGUGAAUACUCCAACAAAGACACCCCGAAGACAAGGUUCCACUAGCCAACGAACAGUGACAACACCUGUGACACCACGCGUGCAUUCCCUGCCUGGGAAACAGAAAAAGUCGGUAAAAGCAGCUGCAAAAUCGCCAAACCAAAAUCGGUGCUAUGUGUGCAGAGUAAUAUAUGGAAGUCGCAAAGACUUAGAUGUCAAGAAAACCAAAGGACUACAAGCCACUUGGCUUGGAUGUGACAAAGAAAAUUGCGACAAGUGGGCCCAUGCCACCUGUGUAGGCAAAAAAGUGAAGAGUAAGAAAGAUGCAGAGAAGAUUCCGCUCGUUUGCCCUAACCAUUAGAGCAAAGACCUUAAAACUAC